UGAUAUGUUGGCGCAUGGUUGAUUAAACAACCGAUAUCUUCAUUUCUUAGGAAUUUUAGGAAUUUUCUGUGUUUUGACUGACUUCAACUUGUUGUGAUGGAAUAUUAAUUUUCUUUUUCAUUGACAGAUCUUAUCCAAUAAUUCGACCAACGAAUUUUAAUUUUCUGUAGAGAAAUAAUAAGGACGGUGAAAAUGUAUGAUGUAUGGUUCGAUGGGCGCAUGUUUGGUUGUUUAUUUUGCCUCCUGGUCCUUCAGGCAAAUUUAACAAAUUCUAGAACUUCUUGGAGACUUAACGUCGAUAAAGUUGUUAAGGCAACAGAACUUGUAAGCACUAUCGAAGAUGAUCCUAUUUUUGAUAUACUUGCAAGUAGUAUAGGCAAUGGACAAGGAUGGAGUAAAACAGCAGCAUCAGAGAAGCUUGAUAAAGUACAGGUUUAUUACGAGUGCAAAAGUUUUGGUUCAGGCAGCCAAGAUCGACGAUUCAUGUCAUAUGCAUUGACGGAUGCACCAAAUUCUACGGAACCAUAUCCACUAUCACCGCAAGUAUUGAGUGACCAAGUGAUAUGUACGCCCGAUCAGCAAUGUGAAGAUGUAAUUCUUGAUUGUGGGAAACCAGUUAACUAUACAUAUUAUGACAAUCUCACUGGUGUUGCAAAUAGAAAUAAUCAUCCAUUGGUACCAGAGCCUAACGUUGCACUUAUGUUUAAAAAGAAUAAUGGAAAAGCUAUAGAUGUUGACUUAUUAGAAAGGCGUUUAAAAAAAGCAAAACGAGAAAAACCGAAAUCUGUUCAGCUAUAUAAUCAAAUUGGAAAUUUUUGGAGAAUAAAAGGAGAUGCGCAAAGAUCAAUUGAAUGUUUUCGAAGAGCUCUUGCAGUUUCACCACAUAACGCGGAAGUGCUAUUAAAUUUAGCAAGAGUACUAUUGGUUUUACGAUAUUUAGAUGAUGCAAAUUAUUUAGCAAUGCGUUCUUUAGCAUUACAACCUCCAGAUCGUAAUGCAUGGGAACAAUACCUAACACUUGGACAAAUAUUAUCGGCAUAUGGUCACUACCAAGAAGCUGCUGUCCAUUUGCGGCAUGCUUUAGAAUUGAAACCUAAUCUUUCUGAUGCUGCAAAAGCUUUAAAAGAAGUGGAAUCAUUGCCUGGUCCUAGUAUACAUAUCUACACUCUUUUAAUUAUUAUAUGCUUGGUGCUAGGUGUAUUGUUAGUUGUUUUGAGUAGCGUGGAAUGUGACGAAGAUUCCACUUUGGUUACUGAACAACUACAACGUCCAGUUCAACGUCAUUUUAGUCGUGCAAUGGCUAUGCGUAGUUUGCGACUUAAUGUUGCACGUAAUAAUAAACGUUCUUGAUCCAAUUCGAAUUCAAAUUCAAAUUCAAAUUUAUGAAAUCUAAUGGAGCAAGUUCUGAACUGUUAUAACAACAUGAUUUUUUGGAGUAUUAUUUAUAAUUAUGAUUUGUUAUAGUUAUUUAAAUGCACUAGUGGUUACGUGGUUUAUUAUAUCUACAGAUAAAAAUAUACACCAUAGUACACGUUGG